AGUGGCAGAAGCAGUCGGCAACUGUCUGAAUCACGGCGCGCUUGCGCAUCCGCUGGCUCCGUUAACACUUGUGCUCCAGUCGACGUCGGGCGUCGCACGCGCAUGUGUGCUGCUAUCAGUGCGUGAAAGAACGGUUUAGUGUUUGAAGUUGUUUAUGACUGUGUUUUUUAAUAUUUUUGGGAUUUGGAUACGGCUUUUGCGGUACUGAAGCCGAGGUAUUAGCAGCGGCUGCGAGUCCGGUAGCGGAGUUUGAGGCUCUGAUCGAGCGGCUGGAGCGAGUCACAUCGCGCCUGGAGCGCUUGCCCCUGCUAGCUAGCGAGCCCUGCCCCACGCCGGCGCCCACGCCCGCCUCCGCGCACACCCCGCCGCCAUUUGAUCUGCCCGAGCCUGUCGCCACUGACAACAUGAGUGUCAACGGCUACCAAGACAUCAUGCAGGGCCCCCUGCGGACAUACCUGCAGUUAUCCCAGCAAAUCGGCGGAGAUGUCGCUUCACACGCCAAUCUCGUUAACAACGCUUUCCAGGCACAAUUUCGCUACAUUCAGCUGGCGACAAGCCGCGGUAAACCGUCCCAGGCUGAAGAGACGCAACUGCUGGCGCCGACCAGCGAACAGAUCAACGCUAUCCAGCAGUUCCGCGAGAAGAACCGCGCGUCGCCGCUGUUCAACCAUCUGUCGGCCAUUUCCGAGAGCAUCCCGGCUCUAGGCUGGGUGGCCGUAUCCCCUACUCCCGGGCCGUAUGUGAAGGAGAUGAACGAUGCCGGCCAGUUCUACACGAACCGCGUCCUUAAGGAGUGGAAGGAGAAAGACAAGAAGCACGCGGAGUGGUGCCGCGCCUGGGUGCAGCUGCUCGCCGACCUGCAGGCUUACGUCAAGCAACACCAUACUACUGGACUUGUGUGGUCCGGUAAGGGCGCGGGCGCAGGUGCGCCGCCGCCGCCGCCCGGGGGCAUGCCGCCGCCGCCGCCCGUGCUGCCCGACGUGGACUUCUCCAACAUGACCGUCGACGACCGCAGCGCGCUCUUCGCUGAGAUCAACCAGGGCGAGGGCAUCACUAGCAGCCUGCGCAAGGUGACGUCAGACAUGCAGACGCACAAGAACCCGCAACUGCGGCAGGGCCCGGCCCCAUUCAAGCCGGCGCCGGCGCCGCCCGCGCGCGGCUCCAAGCCUCUGCCGCAGCCUGGAGCCGGCGUGCUGCCGGACAAGCCGCCCGUCUUCAUGCGCGACGGCAAGAAGUGGCUCAUUGAAUACCAAAAGGGCAACUCGAACCUGGUGGUAGAGAACGCGGACAUGAACAACGUGGUGUACAUGUUCCGCUGCCGGGACUCCGCCCUCACCGUCAAGGGCAAGAUCAACGGCGUGGUGCUCGACUCGUGCACCAAGUGUGCGGUGGUGUUUGACAACCUGGUCUCCAGCGUCGAGUUCGUCAACUGCCAGUCUGUACAGAUGCAGGUGUUGGGCAAAGUGCCGACGAUCUCGAUCGACAAGACGGACGGCUGCCAGAUCUACCUAUCGAAGGACUCGCUCGACGUCGAGAUUGUCAGCUCCAAGUCCUCGGAGAUGAACGUGCUCGUUCCUAAAGCCAACGGAGACUAUACGGAGUACCCAGUCCCGGAGCAGUUCAAGACGCUUCUGAACAAGCCGCCGACUGGGCUGACCACCACGCCCGUCGAGAACAAGGGCUAGGCCUCCGCCCCCGCCCCCCGGGAACAUCGCUCCAGUAUCUAGCUGUCAGUACCACAUGCGUCGGCCGUGAUGUGAGUGCUUCGCUUCGCUACCUAUUAGUUGGCCUGCGUUUCCCUAUAUAAGAAUGCGGCAAGGGACUCACAAAUCAUAUGUGAUUUCUCUUUAAUAUAUGAUCUCAAUACACAAGUCUCUUAAAUAUGAAAACCAUUUUUGAUUUAAGCAUCAAAAUAGCGAAGUACUUACGUUACCACCGUUUUUUAUUACUGAGACAAGGCGAGUAUAACAAAUAUUUUGCACAGUCUAGUAAAAGUUAGAUCACUCAUACGACUCGCCUCUAUUAUUUAUAUUGUUAAGCACAAAACAUCUUUGAGCAGACGUUCUAAUCUAUGAAAAUGUUCUCGGGCAAUUUAUAACUUUAUUCAAUUUUUUUCAUAAGAGUCGUCUUCAUUUCUUGCUCAUUUCGCUCGAUCCAAGUAUUCAUAGAUAUUAAUCUAAUCAUAUGACGUAGACAUAACUAAGUAUUUACUGGCCUUUACGUGUAAUAUAAAAGGUUCCAUGCAUAAGUUUGGUGAUACGACAAUGACAAUGAGCAGGAAGCUAUCGGAGUACCGCUCGGUACGGGAUCUAGAUAAGUUAGCUGUAAGGAGUGUGACUGUCUCGAGUUUGAAUUUGCGAAUGAUUUGCAUUCUUCACUUUGCUAUAACUAAUAAAGUGAUUCUAAAACCCCGGAAACUCAAGGGACUCUUCUCUUUCUAGUAUUAUUUCUAAAUUCAAUUGCUUAUUGUUUUUAAAUUAUCUUUCGUGGUCGUCUUUUUUUAACUGAAGGACAUACAAUUUUAAUUUAUAAUUGUAAUUAUAAUGGUAUCGAUUAAACUUAAACAUUAUGUGAAUCACUAUAAUUUGUAUUCCAAUAAUUUAAUAACUAUGAUUAUGUGACGUCUUCAAUAAAUGAAUAUUUAUUAUAAUGCCAUCAUUAUUUGAAGGAUAAUAUUGUAUUACAAGUUUGCAUUUUGUUAAUUUAUUUGUCGAGAGAUUAAAAUAAUUUUUAAGAA